AUGGUCUCCCUCACGAAACUCGGGGCGGCAGCUGCCGCGUGUCUUGCUGCUCUGCCAGGCUCAACGGCUUACAUUUUCAACAUGACUGCACCUCCAACUGCCACUCCUGGCAAGAACAUCACCGCCACGCUCUACACUUCCAUUUAUGUCCAGAACUACGUCGACUUCGGCAUCAUCUGGGGCAUAUCCGCUCCCGAAGUUGCCUGUCAUACCUGUGUUGGCCGGCAACUUGACUAUACGAACCUGGUGAAAGGCUCAGUUGCGGUUCCGCCCUCCGGGAACUUCACAGUUGAUGUGACGAUUCCCGCGGACUUUACGGGAGGACCUUACUUCCUCGUUGCGGCAGUCCCCUAUCUUGUUGGUGUCUCGGGGUCGACUGGUAUUAACUACUUCAACUCAACCCUCUACACUUCUUGA